GGGGAGCCCCGGCCCGGAGGGGCCCGGCCGCCGCCUCUUUCGGCCACCUCCGCUCAGCACUCCCGUCCGGGUGCAGAUUCUGACACCGGCCCCGCGACCAACUUGACGUCGGCCCCAGUGUCCCCCACCAGAGCACUGUCGUUGCCCGCUUGUCCUGAGGAGUCCCCGCUUCUAGUUGGCCCCAUGAUGAUCGAAUUUAAUAUUCCUGUGGAUCUGGAGCUUUUGGCAAAGCAGAACCCAGGGAUAAAGAUGGGUGGCCGUUACACUCCCAAAAACUGCAUCUCUCCUCACAAGGUGGCCAUCAUUAUUCCAUUCCGCAACCGACAGGAGCACCUCAAGUACUGGCUGUAUUACUUGCACCCAAUUUUACAGCGCCAGCAGUUGGACUAUGGUAUUUAUGUUAUCAACCAGGCUGGAGAUAGUAUGUUCAAUCGUGCUAAGCUUCUCAAUAUUGGCUUUCAAGAGGCCUUAAAGGACUAUGACUACAACUGUUUUGUGUUCAGUGAUGUGGACCUCAUCCCGAUGGAUGACCAUAAUGCCUACAGGUGUUUUUCACAGCCACGACAUAUUUCUGUCGCAAUGGACAAGUUUGGAUUUAGCUUACCUUAUGUUCAGUAUUUUGGAGGUGUCUCUGCUCUAAGUAAACAACAGUUUCUCGCUAUCAAUGGAUUUCCUAAUAAUUACUGGGGCUGGGGCGGAGAAGAUGAUGAUAUUUUUAACAGAUUAGUUUUUAAAGGCAUGUCUAUAUCUCGCCCAAAUGCUGUGGUUGGGAGGUGUCGCAUGAUCCGCCACUCAAGAGACAAGAAAAAUGAACCUAAUCCUCAGAGGUUUGCCCGAAUUGCACAUACAAAGGAGACAAUGCACUCUGAUGGUUUGAACUCACUCACCUACCAGGUGUUGGACAUAGAGAGAUACCAAUUAUAUACCAAAAUCACAGUGGACGUCGGGACACCAAGCUAGCAUUUUAGUAUAACUAAGAGACUGAAAAUAGCCAGGGACCUCUGCCGUGUGUUUCUGUCAGUCUGUCGGGCUAGUCCCUCUCAUUUGUACAAUCUGAAUAAUAGGUCCCUUCCCUCAUCAUUCAGACACCUUUCCAGAUGACCAGGAGGAGCGGAGUAUUUUGUCUCCAACUUGGCUUGACAUGUGACUUCUUCACAGUACAAGGUGUUUGUCAGUGUAGAAGCUGUCAGCCUUUGGGAGCUUAUUGACAUGUUCACAGUGUCACCCAAAGCCUCAGAAAUGUGCACAGCUCAAAAUUGGUGACUCUGGGACUCGGUCCCACUGAUGAAAUGCUAAAUUGUGAAAUGGAUAAGAGUUUUGCUUUAAAUUGUGAUAUUUUUAUUACUUCAUGAAAAAUUGGAAACUGCUGCUGAAAUUGGUUGGUAUAACAUUUUUUGGUUGUAAAGUUUUAACAGAAAAACACAAAAUUUCAACAAGUUUCAUGCUCUGUCCCCCUCCCUCACCCUCUUUCAGUGGUAUACAACUAUUACAAUCACUGUGUUAUGUGUGACUUUUCAUAGCAAAAUAAUUUUAAAACUUGAGCCUUGAACCUUUGUCCUGCUUAUGUAUGAAUCUCAAGGCAACUUUAGCCAUCAGAGCAAAGGCUCUGGGUAUUCUCACUUUCAGUGCCUAUCUCUAAGUUGUCUGAUUUCUGAAUGUAAAGAUUUUUUUUUUAACAAGCAGCUUAUAUUUUAAAAAACAAAUCAAGUUCUCAUUAUGGUCUAGCUUGAUUUUGUGUUGAUCCAAAUUUGCAUAGCUGUUUAGUGUUAAGUCAGGACAAUUUAUUUUUCUGGGCAUGUUAUGUAAACUUGAAUUUCCUCUGUAUUUUUUUAUUGUGUUUUCAAUGUGGGAGGGGAUUGAACAUUUUUUAGGAGAAAAAAAUAUAUAUGCUAUAAUGGCCACAUGUGGGCCUCUUGAUUUAUCUGGCAGGCCAGGUUUUAUGAAGAGCAAAAUCUCCUUUGGAUGUGGGUAUGGUCUUCUGGUCAGCAUUAUACUGCCAGACUCCUGGGACAGAAACCUGGGAACCAGGCUCAGCCAACUGAGCAGAACUCUCCACCUCCCCCACCAUCCCCAGGUGGGCAGAGCAGAGGGCCUCAGCCUCCUGCCACUGACCCUAUAAGGCCCUAGGCUGUGGGGUUGUAAAUAACAGCAGUCAGCUUGUUUACCAUCCCCUAAUGCCUCCCCAGCUGGAGGAAAUCUCUGUUCUAGGCAGAGACUGCCUCCCUGGAGCAUCUGUGGCCACUCUUCUUGGCCUGUCCUGUAUUACCGGUUCUCCUUCCUCCCUGCCUUGCCUUUCUCCUUUCUUCCUCUCCCAUUUAGUUCCUUUGUCUCUUGCCUGUUCCCUUAAAAUUUGCCUGUGGCACUCAGGGUCAAACAGACUAUUCAUUGUCCAGCAUGACUGUGCCUUUUAAUUAGUGAUCUAGAAACUUCAGCUGUACCCACACCCACUGAGAACUCUGGUGCCUAAAGCCUCUCAUCCCCUUCAGGGUUUUAGCAGGUGCUCCCACCCCUGUGAAGCCAACCCACAGGGGUCCUUCACAAACCCACCUCUCCUGGGGCUGUGUAGCAACCUGGGAUGAGAUGGUGGGAGGCACUCCUACCACGAAAUGCCUUUCCCAGAUCCAUCCUGGGCUUAGGUCCUAAGAUUCAGCUACCCAAUCUUAGUGUUGAGCCUUUUGCUAUGGCAGCCAGGACCUAAGCUACUGCUCUCCUGGGCACCAGCCCUGAGUGUGGAGGCUGAGCUGAUGCCUGGGC